CUCAGGUCGAUCCAGAAGACACCACAGUUAAUGGGACAGUGUCCAGACCCGCUGGGACCAGAGCUGCCACCGCUGUGUUGGCUCCACUCAGUGGCAUCUGCAGGGCAUUUAGCGCCGGGAGGAAAAAACAAAGGUCCUCCCUCCUCAAUUGUGUUGUUAUUGACCGGCGGGGGAAAAAGAAGCGGGUCGAUAAGUGGAUCAGAUUUAUUAGCGGUCCAGAUUGGCCACAGCACGCCAAAUGCCAAGAGGAGCCACAGUCUGUGGGACGGCUGCAUUUCAUUUGGGUUAGAGGAGUGCCAGACAGCGUGUCUACAAGUGCGGCGCAAUUUCAAGUGGAAGGGAAGGUAAACCGUCAGGAUGGAUCUGGUCCAGCUUGCAGUGUCCAUCCACAUUCUUCUGUGUCCUGCAUGGGCACGUCACUCUUACAUGGACAGUAUCUUCUCAGCCCGCUCUGCUCUCAGGUUUCUGGAUGAGCCAUUGACCUUUGACCCCUGUUGUCUCAUGUCACCACCUCCGCCGCCGCUCUUUCCUCCGCCACCUCAGCUGUGGAAGCGGGGCAGCCCUGAUGGUGAUGGUCUCUUGGAGCCAAGUGCUCCUGGAAGAGAGGUGCAGCAAAAACAAAAACCUGUGAUACCUGGGUGUUUGCCAGGACCUCCCGGGCCUCCAGGACCCCGGGGCCCAGAGGGUCACGGUGGAUUACCCGGAAUAAGAGGACCAAAAGGGGAGAAGGGAGAAAUUGGACGUCCGGGGUCAAAGGGUCGCACAGGAGCUCCAGGCCUCCCAGGGAAACCAGGACUCCAAGGAUGGCCUGGUCCAGAGGGACCCAAGGGUGAGAAAGGGGACCCAGGACUCAUGGGAUUACCAGGACUGAGGGGACCACCAGGAUUAAAGGGUUUGCCUGGUUACAAAGGAGAAAGGGGGACAUAUGGUGACCCUGGAGCGCCAGGACCAAAAGGGGAUAAAGGUUCCAUUGGUUUGCCUGGGAUGCUUGGACAGAAGGGUGAGCAGGGACCAAAGGGAGAGCUGGGAGUCGCGGGAAAAAGAGGCCCUACUGGACGGCCUGGGAAGAGAGGCAAACAGGGCAUGAAGGGCCAUGGUGGAACCUCAGGAGCCAUGGGCCCCCAAGGACCCCCUGGUCCAAACGGCCAUCCAGGGCCACCUGGACCACCUGCGUCAGGUCUCUAUCUAGUAGGUGAAAAGGGAGAGAAGGGUCCUCCAGGUCCACCAGGUCGCUGUGACUGUGACUCCACUCUUGGUGUGAAUAAUGCUCCUUUUGGAAGCUACACUCAACGGGGCGGCCUCAGCAAAGUCCCUGCAAUAUUUGUGGUAAAGAGUGAGGAGGAGAUGGACAGUCUACGUCUAGACAACGCAAUAGCAUUCAGGAAGGAUCAGAGGAUGCUCUACUUCAAAGAUAAAGACGGAUGGAAGCCCAUACAGCCCUUCCAGCCGUUCCAAUCUACAGAGAAAGUCCCAGACAGAGUUGGUGCGUGUGGGGAUGGAAAGGUGCAAGCCCAGCAUGGAGAGGAGUGUGAUGAUGGAAACCAGAUUGUCACCGAUGCUUGUCUCAACUGUAAGUGGGCCUACUGUGGAGAUGGCUACCGACAUGAAGGCAUUGAGGAGUGUGAUGGAAAGGACUUUGGUUAUCAGACCUGCAAAUCCUAUCUUCCUGGGUCCUUUGGGCAGCUCAGAUGCACCGACUCCUGCCUCAUUGAUUCCACUGGUUGCAAGUAUUUCACCUGAGCUGGGGAAUAAAAAAAGGGCCAGAUUGCCACUUUGCAGUUCCCUCUGUCUGCUCAUGGGGAUUAUACUUCAGAUUUCUACUGAAGUCUCACCCUUAAAAAAAUAACUGAUGGACUGAGAGAGAGAGUACUGAAGGGAAGCUCUUGUGCCUGCUCAGAACCAUGAACCGUCAUGGCAGCAAGCUUUGAAUGGACCGUCUCCCUCGGAUGUUUAAUUCUUUUAACGGCCUCAGGGAGCAGCUUCCUGUUACUGUCACUCCAUCGGCUGCAGCACUGUUAUGGACACCGGUGAUGGCGGAGAACAUUCUCAUGAAUUAAUGAUUGUAUCAUAUAAAAUAGUUUCAAUGUGUAUGACUUGCUGACUGUUGAUGCAAAAAUAAGCUGUAUUCUGAACUUCUUUUGUAAUAAGAGAGAGAAAAAAGAGCCUUUUCCAAAAGAGGAAAUUAUAUUAUUAAUACUAUAUAUACUGUCGUACACAAAUCAGGGGUGUGUAAAUGUGUUUAUUCAUGUGCAAUGUAUUAUGAAACAUGUAUUUAUGAAGUGCAAUGCUGUUAUAUUGCAUGUAAAUGUGUACCAGUGCCCUGCAGACUGCUAUAACCAGUGCUGUUAAUGUACUAGCCAAAGUAUGCCCCCCUUUAAAGUGAAUGUUCAGAUCCCUGACAGGAGGAAGAAGAAUGUCACACUGCAACAGCAGCAAGAAAAUACCUGUGAUUAUUGCAGCAGCAUGAAGAAACCCAUGACUCCAAAAUGUUUUCAGUGAAAAGUGAUUAGUGGAUAAUCUGCCUGCAUGAUUGUUAAAUUCAUAAAACACUGUACAACAAUAAAGAU